AUGUUACGGCCGAAAGCUUUGACGCAGGUUCUGAGCCAAGCCAACACAAACGGAGUUCAGAGCACACUAUUGCUAAACAAUGAAGGCUCCCUCCUGGCAUAUUCGGGCUACGGCGACACGGACGCCCGCGUGACCGCCGCCAUCGCUAGCAACAUCUGGGCGGCUUACGACAAGAACGGCCAUCAGGCCUUCAAUGAGGACAAACUGAAAUUCAUACUCAUGGACUGCAUGGAGGGCCGAGUAGCCAUCACGCGAGUGGCUAACCUGUUGCUGUGCAUGUACGCCAAAGAAACGGUGGGCUUCGGAAUGCUCAAAGCUAAGGCCGAGGCGCUGGUGCAGUACCUGGAGGAACCGCUGACCCAAGUGGCCGCGUCCUAG